UCAUUCUCUCUGAUCUGUUUGCUUCCUUUUACAGGAGCCUGGAGAGGCGUGGCUGGACCAAGACCUCCCCCAAUGUGAGCAGGCUCCCUCCUCCCCUCACUACCUGUUGCCAUCACGCCAGGGAACAUCCUUAAGCCCUGGCCCUCAGGGGAGAGAUAACAGGAGCCCAGAGCCGAGACCAUGUGACGGCGCUGGCCCUUGCCACCGCCGUCCCCCCCACCCUGGCCCCAGGCCUGGCACCAUGAUGUUCCGAGACCAGGUGGGCAUCCUUGCUGGCUGGUUCAAGGGCUGGAAUGAGUGUGAGCAGACAGUGGCCCUGCUGUCACUUCUGAAGCGGGUCACUCGCACCCAAGCUCGCUUCCUGCAGCUCUGCCUGGAGCACUCGUUAGCGGACUGCAAUGACAUCCACCUGCUGGAGUCAGAGGCCAACAGUGCUGCCAUCGUCAGCCAGUGGCAACAGGAGUCCAAAGAGAAGGUGGUGUCCCUCCUGCUGUCCCACCUGCCUCUGCUUCAGCCAGGCAACACGGAGGCGAAGUCUGAGUACAUGAGGCUGUUGCAAAAAGUACUGGCCUACUCCAUCGAGAGCAAUGCCUUCAUCGAGGAAAGCCGCCAGCUGCUGUCCUAUGCUCUCAUCCACCCAGCCACCACUCUGGAGGACCGCAACGCACUAGCCCUCUGGCUGAGCCACCUUGAAGAGCGACUGGCUAGCGGCUUCCGUACCCGGGCAGAGCCCUCCUACCAUUCACGCCAGGGUUCUGAUGAAUGGGGGGGCCCUGCAGAACUGGGCCCUGGAGAGGCAGGGCCAGGCUGGCAGGACAAGCCCCCCCGGGAAAAUGGACAUGUGCCCUUUCACCCAUCCAGCUCAGUGCCGCCAGCCAUCAACAGUAUUGGGAGCAACGCAAAUACAGGUCUCCCCUGCCAAAUCCACCCUAGCCCACUAAAGCGCUCCAUGUCACUCAUCCCAACGAGCCCCCAAGCUCCUGGUGAGUGGCCAAGUUCAGAGGAGCUCAGUGCCCGGGCUCCUUUCACCACUCCGGACCACGCACCCCUGUCACCCCAGAGCAGCGUGGCCUCCUCUGGCAGUGAGCAGACGGAGGAGCAGGGCUCCAGCCGGAACACUUUCCAGGAGGACGGCAGUGGUAUGAAAGAUGUGCCCUCGUGGCUCAAGAGCCUCCGCUUGCAUAAGUAUGCGGCCCUCUUCUCGCAGAUGAGCUAUGAGGAGAUGAUGACGCUGACGGAGCAGCAUCUGGAGUCCCAGAAUGUCACCAAAGGCGCCCGCCACAAGAUAGCCCUAAGCAUCCAGAAGCUGCGCGAGAGGCAGAGCGUCCUCAAGUCCCUAGAGAAGGAUGUGCUGGAAGGUGGGAAUCUGCGGAAUGCUCUGCAGGAGUUGCAGCAGAUCAUCAUCACCCCCAUCAAGGCCUACAGUGUCCUUCAGGCCACUGUGGCUGCCGCUGCUGCCACCCCUACUGCCAAAGAUGGGGGUCGAGGAGAGCCACCGCUGCCAGGUGCUGAGCCUCCCCUAGCCCACCCUGGCACAGACAAGGGUACUGAGGCCAAGGACCCUCCAGCUGCGGAGAACUACCCCGCUCCACCAGCUCCAGCUCCCACUGAUGGCAGUGAGCCAGCCCCAGCUCCUGUUGCUGAUGGAGACAUCCCCAGCCAGUUUACACGGGUGAUGGGCAAAGUGUGUACCCAGCUUCUGGUGUCCCGACCAGAUGAGGAGAACAUCACCAGUUACCUCCAGCUCAUCGAAAAGUGCCUAACUCAUGAGGCUUUCACUGAGACCCAGAAGAAGCGGCUGCUGUCCUGGAAGCAGCAAGUGCUGAAGCUCCUCCGGACGUUCCCACGCAAAGCUGCUCUGGAUAUGCAGAGCUACCGGCAGCAGAAGGGCUGGGCAUUCGGCUCCAACUCUCUCCCCAUAGCUGGCUCUGUGGGGAUGGGGGUGGCCCGGCGGACCCAGCGGCAGUUCCCAAUGCCUCCCCGAGCCCUACCACCUGGCAGGAUGGGCCUGCUGAGCCCCUCAGGCAUCGGGGGCGUCUCCCCUCGACAUGCCCUUACCAGCCCCAGCCUUGGGGGCCAGGGCCGACAGAACCUGUGGUUUGCCAACCCCGGCGGCAGCAACAGCAUGCCAAGCCAGAGUCGCAGCUCUGUGCAGCGCACCCACUCACUUCCGGUCCACUCGUCACCCCAGGCCAUUCUCAUGUUCCCUCCAGACUGCCCGGUCCCUGGGCCUGACCUGGAGAUCAAUCCCACCCUGGAGUCUCUGUGUCUGAGCAUGACAGAACACGCCUUGGGUGAUGGGACAGACAAAACCUCCACCAUCUGACAGGACCCACAGCCCAGCGCACCCAUAGGCUCCCCGGGCGGCGGGCGGGGGCCAGCCCCCAGCGGGCUUCUCUGCAGCAGCGAGAGGGUGGGCUGGCUCAGCUAUACAUUCUAAUAUUUUUCUACUCUCUCACCCUUUUAACUUUUGUUUAACAUUGGUACACCCCCUGCUCACUCCCAGGCCCGUUGAGGGCUCUCUGCUGAGGCCAGGGCACAGAGGGGGCAGCCAGGACAAGGGGCAAGGACUAGCCCGACUGCCUUCCUCGCCAUCCACCACCUGGCCUUGUCCCAUCCCUCCAGAUGGCUGACAGCCUGCUACUCCCCAAGGGAGCAGACUCCCCAGAGACACUGACUGCUGCCCUGUGGAGCCUCUUGACACUGGGGAGGAAUGAGCAGGCUAGGCAGCUGGCUUGCCCAGGAUGUUAUUGGAGAGGAGGAGAAUGAGGAGAGGGAUGGUUCUCCCUCUGCUGUCCUCUGCCCUUCCCCAUUCCCGCCAUUCCCAAGGACAGGAGCCACCUGCUCACCUUGCUUACCCUGUUUCUCAGAGGUUCUCUACAAUUAAUUUCUUAGGCCUAUUUAAGAUACAUAUUUAUAUAGUUCUUAACGGUUUUUCUCUCUGAUCAUUCCCUGUCAUUUUUAGAAUCUCCAGGCUUCCCUCUCAGCCAAGACAGUGGCUGAGGGAGCCUGGACCUUAUGUGGGGAGAGGGCAGAGCCCCCUCCUCCAGACCCCCUUCCCCGUCCCCGUCCCCAGCCCUGGCUACCAGGUGCAGAGGUUGAAGGUGGACAGCCAGGGCAGCGGUGAGGUCAGGAAGUCUGUUGCCUUAACAUCUCCUCCCCCCACCAACACAUCCUUCUCCACUCCCAGGUCUGGUUGCUGAAAGACUUGGGAGUUAGGAAUGUGGGAAGGGGAUUGUUUGGUUUUGAUUUUAUCCCUGCCCCCUUUUUCUUUCAGCCUUUCCCACCCCCCAUUAUGUCAUGACCUCAUGUAAGUGGAACACUAUAUCAUUUAUUACCCAGAGGCGCGUCCUAGCCCCAGUCACACAGCCCCUCUAGUCCCUGUUGCUGAUGGGGGUUUGUGCUGGGGUCCAGGUGGAGGGGAGGGGGUUUGGGGGUUCAGACUGUGGGGAAGCCAGGGUUCCCCUUUUCCAACCUCCUGUUCCCCUUCAACUCACCCCCUCACUGGGACAUUCUCAAGCUUUUCACACCGAAAAGGAAAAAAAAAAUGUUAUUUUUAGAUACAUUUUAUGAAUAACUUUUGUUAUGAAUAUGGCUGGUAACCAUUGUGUAUGUUAUUAAAGAUACAAAAUGUUGAGAAAAAAACCAAACAAACAAAAAACAAAAAAAAAAUUGAAAACCACCGCCCUCCCUGCACUGUCAGCCCAUUCCCUGGACCUCCUUGCCCUUGCCCUCCUGGUCUGUGGACCUCCUUCCACUCUGAGCCCAGAGAGGGGGCGGAAGCCAGGGGGUAGAGUGGCCCUGGGGACCUGCCAUUGGAUCCCCACCUCCUCUCCCAGUGCCGGGCUGGGUGGGGUGUCAGGUUUAUUUAUGUACCUCUUGCACACUCAUCAACCUAUGCAAGUCCCCACCCCGGCCCCUCCAUGUUUCUGUGCCUUUGCUCAUUCCCGUCAACCUCCCAGGACUUCUCCAGCCCCCUCCCACUAACCACAGGAAGUGGGAUGGAUGGGCCACCUCAUUUGGAAUUAGCAGGGUGUCCUCAUGGGACCCUCACCUCUCCCCAGCCGGUUGGUCCCAUCUUCACUCCCCAUCAGGGUGAGCUGACCUUGCCUGACACUGGGAGGUGAAGAGGGACCCCCUCCCCCACACAAAAGGAGGCCAGAGCUGCGCCCCUCCUGACAGCAGAGUGCAGGACGCAGGCGGCCCCACUCUGAUGGGCAGGACCCAACCCUCUCGCUCUGCCACCAAGCCCUCUUCCAUGAUUUUACCCUCCCCGCCUACUUCUGUCCCCAGCCCCACUGGCAGAAUCAGCUUUGAGUAACUGUACAGUUUUUCUCGCUGUUGGGGAAGACUGACUUGUUGGAGUUUCACUUGUUUAAUGGUCUGGGCUUAUUUUGGAGAAAAAAAAAAAAAAAAAAA